GACGUACGUACGCAACAGUGUAACUAUAGCUGUAUGGCAAACAGACGUUCUUAAACGUUUGUAACAAUUGGGAAAACCUUCUGAGUUGUGCGUAAAGCCAGCCACCACUCAGACUUUGUGCAAUAAAACCGUAAGAUCUCCGCGAUGUUGAGUAGUGAAAACCUAUAUCAUCGUUUUGCUUCACGAGUAGCCAUUAUUGGAGCAGGCCCAAGUGGACUGUCUAUAUUACGCGCAUUUUCCCAAGCAGAGAAAAAUGGUGUAAAAAUUCCCGAAAUAGUUUGUUUCGAAAAGCAAAGUGACUGGGGUGGUAUGUGGAACUACAGUUGGCGAACCGGAGUAGACGAAUUUGGCGAACCAGUGCACAGCAGCAUGUAUCGGCAUUUAUGGUCGAACGCACCUAAAGAAUGUCUCGAAUAUGCCGACUACAGUUUCGAUCAACAUUUUCGAAAACCCAUUCCAUCAUUUUUACCGCGUGAAAUGAUUCGUGACUACAUUGUCGGCCGUGCUUGCACAAGUACGUUGCAAAAAUACGUCUGCUUCAACAGCGUUGUCAAACAUGUAGAAUUCGAUGCCGAUCGAAAGCAUUUCACCGUUCGUGUCCACAAUUUGGUAACAGGAAAAAGCAAGUCAGAGAAUUUCGAUUAUAUCAUUGUAGCUGUAGGACACUUUUCUGUUCCAAAUGUGCCAUCCUUCGAUGGAAUCGACAGUUUCCCUGGAAGGAUUCUCCAUAGUCACGAUUUCCGUGAUGCUCGACAGUUUACCGGGCAAAACAUACUUGUUGUCGGAGGCGCUCUUUCUGCCGAAGACAUUGCUCUUCAAACUUACAAGUUCGGGGCGAAAUCUGUUACCAUUAGUUACCGAACCAAACCAUUCGGUUACGCUUGGCCUCAUGAAAUCGAGGAAUUGCCUCUUUUAACCCAUAUUGAUGAACGAACUGUUCACUUUAAGGACGGCAGUGAACGCACCAUCGACACCAUUAUUCUUUGCACUGGUUACAAACAUCACUUUCCGUUUUUGGCUGAAAAUCUUCAGCUUCAUACCGAGAACUGUCUGUAUCCUGACCAGUUGUUCAAAGGAAUAUUUUUUCAAAGGCAGCCACGACUUGCUUACCUUGGAAUGCAAAAGUUUUAUUAUAGCUUGCCAUUUUUUGAUGCUCAAGCGUGGUAUCUUCGAGACGUCAUACUUGGUCGCAUUUUUUUACCUGAAGAGGAAGAUCGUGCCAGUGAUAUAAGGCUGUGGCGUGAAAGGGGAAAACAGCUCAGUGGACCUUCUGAAGGUAUCGAUUUCCAAGUUGACUAUGCCAGACAACUGUUGGAUAUUACUGAUUACCCGAAAGUUGACCUGCUGGCAGCUGCAGCCAUGUUCAAGUUAGGUAGAGUUCACAAACAGGAGAAUAUACUGGAGUUCCGCGACAAACUGUUCACCUCGCCAUUCACGGGAACGCCCUCCGUGGCCAAUCCGCUUCGUUGGAUUGACGCGAAAGAAGACAACAUUCUUUAAUGUUGGCAAAAUUGACCUAAAAUGUGUAAUUUUUCACUUUUUAGAUGGAUAUGUACACAUAAAUCUUCAAAUAUAUUUUUGUUGUUACA